AUGUGUGAGCUCCUGAAGGACUUCGGUGCCUUGAGGGAAAAACUCUCUUCUGUGGAAACUCGGCUUCAGUGGGACGAAAACAGACUGUCGAGGUCUGAAACCAAACAGGAGGCCAGUGAAACCAGGCUGACAGCCAUUGAAAAUACCCUGACGGGCUACGAACAGAGGGUUGUGGCCCUGGAGCAGAAAGGUGAAAUGAAGGUGAUUUUCAGUGCAGUAACAAACGAGGGAGAUAUAAACCGUUGCCCCUUUGGCACAGACACAACUUUAAUCUUCAGAAGAGUGAUUACCAAUGUUGGUGAAGCCUACAGUCCUUAUACAGGUAUCUUCACAGCGCCUGUUGCAGGUGUUUAUUAUUUCACCUUCUUCUAUCAAGCUCAAGCGUAUUAUCCCAACCAGCUGUAUCUGUACAAGAACAAUGAGCCGGUUGUCCUGACCGAGGACCAGUGGACGUACUUUGACUCCAGCGAUAAUGGAGGCAACGCCGUGUUCCUGCAGCUGCAGCGUCUCGACCGAGUGUAUGUGCUCAUGGGUGGAGGGUCAUAUGUUAGCGAUUCCAGCUAUCACACAACAUUCAGUGGCUUUUUGGUCACUCUGAUGUAA